ACGGAGACUGCGUGAGACGGCUGGGGGAAAUCCUGCGGCGCGUCAGUUGAACAAAGCCGGGGCACGUGAUAAGUUUGUCGUGUUUGUCUGGCCUCGGUGGGAAGCUCCCAGACUCACAAUGCCAGGUGGAGAGAUGCGGAGGUAGCGACCUAUCUUUAGAUUCGUCUUUCGCUUCGGUUGCAUGCGCUUUGGCGGCUUUUUUGGUGACUUUACCUGUCAUGAACCUAAGUGCUGCGAGGUGAACCAACCAACGCCAUGGCAUCGCACUCUCCGUCUCUCCGAGACCGUCAGGUCGCUUCCAUUCAGAAGAUACUCAAUUUAAACCACGACCCCAAUCCCGCGGAGGAUUCCAGCCACGAGGCAUCGGCACAAGGCCUCAUUUCUACCCCCAUCCUCAACGAAGAUGGCGACCCUAUCUGGAAGGUCUUGGUCUUUGACAACAUGGGCCGGGAUGUUAUCAGCAGCGUGCUCCGAGUCAAUGAUCUCCGAGCCUGGGGAGUAACAAUUCAUCUGAACAUCAACUCUACUCGAUACCCCAUUCCCGAUGUUCCAGUUGUCUACCUCGUCGAGCCCACCCCCUCCAAUAUCCAGGCCAUUGCAAACGACCUUCAGCACGGCCUUUACUCGCCCGCAUACGUCAACUUCCUAUCAUCUGUCCCGCGGCCCCUUCUUGAAGACUUUGCGUCUCAAAUAGCGACGACCGGCACGUCUGAGCACAUUUCACAAGUCUACGACCAGUAUUUGAAUUUCAUCGUGGCCGAACCGGACCUUUUCAGCCUGGGACUAGGAAAUGAUACAUACUGGAAGAUCAAUAGUGCGAAAACAAGCGAUGAAGAUCUCGAUGCGAUCGUCGAUAGAAUUGUUAGCGGGCUAUUCAGUGUCAGCGUUACUAUGGGUGCUAUACCGAUUAUCAGGUGCCCAAAAGGCGGCGCAGCAGAGCUUAUCGCGACCAAGCUUGAUCGCAAGUUGCGCGAUCACAUCCUCAAUUCCAAAGACAAUCUAUUCUCAACCAACAAAAAGUCCGCUCCCGGUGUCCCUUCGGCGCGGCCAGUCUUGGUCAUCGUUGACCGCAACGUCGACUUGGUCCCGAUGCUGUCGCACUCAUGGACUUACCAGUCACUUGUACAGGAUGUUCUCCAAAUGCGUCUCAACCGGAUAACGGUAGAAACGGCAGAUGAAUCAAACCCUGCGAAGGGUGUCUCCAAGAAAGCAUACGACCUGAACAGUAAUGACUUUUUCUGGAAACGAAAUGCCGGUGCCCCGUUCCCUCAGGUGGCAGAGGAUAUUGACGCCGAGUUGACGCGGUAUAAGGAGGAUGCGAACGAGAUCACAAGGAAGACAGGAGCUUCCUCGAUUGAGGAUUUACAGGCUGAGACGAGUGCGUCCGCACAGCACCUCAAAGCCGCCAUUACCCUGCUCCCCGAACUGCGGGAGCGCAAAUCGAUACUCGACAUGCACAUGAACAUUGCGACUGCUCUCCUCAAGGGCAUCAAAGAUCGUCAACUAGAUAACUUCUUCGAACUCGAGGAAAACAUCACCAAGCAAACCAAGGCACAGAUCCUUGAGUUGAUCAACGACCCUGCCAAGGGCACCAACCCGACAGAUAAACUCCGAAUAUUCCUCAUCUGGUUCCUGAGCACCGAAACAGAACUCUCCCGGUCAGACAUAACACAGUUUGAAGAAGCCUUAACACGCACAGGAGUCGAAGAUGUUAGCUCCAUUGCGUACGUCAAGCAAGUCCGCGAAAUCACUCGCAUGACGAUGAUGACCACAGCCGCACCUCAGCAGCAAUCCUCGGAUCUAUUCCGCGGCUUUUCCUCCCUCUCCAACCGCCUCACAGACCGCAUCACCUCCGGAGCCCUAGGCGCCAAUUUCGACUCGCUCAUCUCCGGCGUGAAAAACUUCCUUCCCGCCAACAAAGACCUAACCCUCACCAAAAUCACCGAAUCAAUCAUGGACCCCUCCGCCGCGUCCAGCUCUGCCAUAGCAAAGACAGAGAACUACCUCUACUUCGACCCGCGAAGCACCAACGCCCGCGGCACCAUGCCCCCCGCAUCUGCCUCCCGCAACGCCCAAUCUGCCGGUUCCUCCAGCGGUCCAGGGAUGACAGCAAGCUUCGGCCAGCGCCGUCAGGCUUUUAAUGAAGCCAUCGUCUUUACCGUUGGUGGCGGAAGCAUGGACGAGUACGGUAACCUUCAAGACUGGGUACUCCGCACAAGCGGGCAACAAGGUCACGAGGGCGCCGGUGGUCCCCGCGGCGGAGCCGAGCCCCUAGGUGGGCCGCGCCGAAGAGUCGUCUACGGCAGCACGGAUUUGAUGAACGCUAAUGAGUUCUUGACCGAGUCGCUGGCGAAAUUGGGUCGGGAGGGCUAGAUAGGUGUAUGUCUUGUAUUAAAUAUCCGCUUAAGGCACUUGAUUUGUUCCCGACCUUUGUCGCACUACUCUACUCUACUUUACAAGCCUAGCCCAGCCUAGGGAUCCGGUUCCGUCCCAAAUCUGUUUAUCAACAAUAUAUUAUAUCCGCAAUACAUGACGUGACUGAUGAAUUCUUCAAAUAAUGUCUGUGUAGCACCUCAAUAUAUCUUAAUAUAUCUUCUUCUAUGGUCUCUUGCAAAGAUAACAUCGAAAUACUCGUC